UUAUUUCUAAUAAACCAGGCGGGUUAUGAACAAACGUUUGAACGCUUCUGUUGGCGGGAGCCGCUUUUUUUCUGUCCGGUAAACCGACACGAUUCCCGGUUCCGUGAACGCAGCUUGGUCGCCGCUUGUUGCCUAGCAACCGGCAACGCUGCGACCGGAUUCCAACGUGGGACCCGAGAUGACGUCAAGCUACAGCCAACCGGGGGAUACUACAUCCGGUCACCGGAUUGAAACCGAACAACAACGUGAAGGUGUGACAGCACGCGGACACAUGACGUCACAGUUAUGUCGAGGAGCAUUUUGUUUUAUUUGUUUAUUUGCUCUCGGUGCGACGACACUUCCGGUGUGUGUCCAGAAUGUUUGAUGAGAGCUUUAUUUUGAAGGGCAGCUCGCCGUGCUUCCGGUGAACAGCUGUUGCUGUUUUGUCUUGAACGUUUCCACAUUCUGGACCAGCCUCCGUGAUUACGGUUACCGGUGAGAUGCUGCACGCGCUCCCUGAGCUGCUUUGAAGUUUUACUUUUGAAACGUUUCGUUAUUAGUCACGUUAGUCACGCGGGACUCUCUGAAAUGUGACGUCAGCUCUGAAGUUUGAUCAGCUGGACGUUAACCGAACUUUAACGGACGGACACCAUGUCGGAGGACAUCAGCCUGUACGAGCUGCUCAACCUGUCCAUCGGGACCCCGCACCGGGGGGCCGUCAACUUCGGCGCCCUGCACGCGCUCCUCUACGCCGUGCUCAGACACCUGGACCUCCGGGACGUGAAGACCCGCUGGAGGGGGGACACUGCCGCCGGGUCCCCCGAGGCUCUGCUGGGAGACAUCCAGCGAGACACCGCGGGGCAGGCAGGGCAACAACCGGGCGACGAGCCGCAGGAGCACGGAGCCUCCUCAGCGGACGGCCAGGCGAGGCUCCGGACCCGGAUCCAGACCUGCGAGGACGACGUGUCCAAGGCCAUGAAGCUCAUUGAGGAGCUGCAGCACCAAAAAGACUCCCUGAAGGAGGAGGUGGAGGAGCUCCGCCACCAGCAGCGGGAGGUGCAGGAGCUCCGCCACCAGCAGCGGGAGGUGGAGGAGCUCCGCCACCAGCAGCAGGAGGUGGAGGAGCUCCGCCACCAGCAGCAGGAGGUGCAGGAGCUCCGCCACCAGCAGCAGGUGUUUGACGCUCAUGCAGAGACCGUCACUGCUGUGGAGAAGUGCUGCCACCGUGUGGACGCCGUGGAGGAAGCUGUGAGGUCUCUGAAGGACUCGUUUCAGAAGUAUCCCCGUCCCGAGGUGCUGAGUCAUUACGUGACCCGGGACGCUGUGCAGUCAGCUCAGCUCAGUGAGGACGAAAACCUUCACAAGCCUCUCAAGGACAGCAGCAGGCCGGCUGCUCCGAGUUCUGCAUCGAUUUCUGGGCAGAUUUCGAGUCUGCAGGAAGUGACGGACACCGAGCCCGCCACAGAGGCUCCUCCAGCCCCGUCAGGGUCACUGCAGCAGAUCAGAGGCCACCCGGAGACGACGGAGGCCCUGAGGAACAUCGACACGCUGAAGGAAAGGUUCAACGAGCUGGAAGGUCGUGUGGCGGCGCUGGAGGAAGAGCUCGUCACUAACAAGGGUUCACAGGACGUGCUGGACCACCUGGAUGAACUGAGCCAGCAGAGAGAUUUAAUGGACGGCCUGAUGAGUGACCAGGAAAAGAUGUUUCUGAGUCAGGACACAGAGAGCAGCUCAGAGGCCGAGGCUGCAGACACAGACAGCAAAGCCUUUCAUGAGCUCAGGCAGCAAAUGUCCAGCGUCAGGAAAUCUGUGCAGAAGCUGGACGAGGACGUGAAGAAGCUGAAGGUUAAACAGGCUUUAACAGACGCGAGGAUGAGAGACCGACACCUUCAAGAUCAGCUGGACGAGCUGCAGGGCAUGCUGGAGGAGAUGAUGCUGUCUUUGACCUCUCAGCUGUUCGGCUGCCUCCAGGACGAGGCCGGACAGGAUGAGAGCGGCAGCCAGGGCGUGAGCGGUCAGAGUAAGGCGCGGUCGGCUUUCACCACCUGCACGGCGAACAUUGGCCGGAAGCUGAACCGAGUGUUCAAACACUACGAGCAGCUGCAGGACACGGUGAACAGCCUCCUCCAACAGCAGGCCAGAGGCAGAGCAGGAGAGCUGAAGGACGCAGAGAACGUGGAGCUGGUGAACGACGUGCAGAAGGCGAUCCUGCAGCUCCAAGCCGAGUGUGAAAAGCUGAAUGAAAACACAAAGUGUCUGCACGAGGACAACAGACGGAAACAGACACACAUCGAGGAGCUGUACAAGACGACGGAGGAGCUGGAGGAGAAGAAGGCCGACAAGCAGAUGGUUGAGAGUGAAAUCAAAGCAGAUAAAUCUGCUCUGGACAGCAAAGUGAGCCGUUUGCAGUUCGACUCGGUGACCGAGCAGCUCAACGCCAUGUUCCACGAGCUGCUGAGCAAGGUGACGGGCCAGGAGCAGGACUGGCACAAAGUCAUCGACAAGCUCUCCACAGAGAUGGAGUGUAAGCUGAACAGGAUGGAGUUAGACUCCGUGAAGAAGCAGCUGGAAGGUCGCUGGAAGAAUAUCCACGAGAAGCUGCAGGCUCAGGGAGCGCCGGAGCACGACGACGCUGCUGGUUUGAGAAAACAGCUGGUGGACAGAUUUCACUGCCUCUCCUGUGACCGACCUGUCGUCAAGUACACACCUGGACCGCAUCUGGUGAAGCUGCCUUCCUCUCCUGCGUUCCCCGCACACAAGUCCAUCAGGCCGUUCACAGUUUACGCUCUGGAGCAGUUUCGACAGCACUGCAGGAGCUGGAAACCAGGAACCAACCGCUCCAACUUUGAGGUAGCUCACUGUGGCAGGAGAGGGGAGCAGCUCCAGGAGAGCCACAAUGUGACCUGCAAGCAGAUAGAGUGUGUGCAGAGGCGAUACUAUGACAGGGCCCGGGACAACACCAGCAACAGAACCGAAGUGAUCCAGAACCAGCCAGGAAUCCUGCACGAGCGAGUCUCCGAGCUGACGGACUACAGUCACCUGUCCGUGUCGCGGAGCUGCGGGGGGAGUCACACGGUCACCUCCGUCAGCCAGAGACGCAGCGGUCUGCAGUCAGGGAAGCACCACGCCCAGACGGAGGCGGACAGUCUGACUCAGUCGGAGGAGGUCGAUAUCGUGGGACUGGAUGGUCAUAUUUACAAAGGUCGCCUGAACGCCUCUGCUACAAGAAGCACAGAAACUAAACUUCCUACCAUCUCCACCAAAGACGGUAUGUGCAAACCCAAAGACAAAGCCAAGAACUCCAUGUCCCACAAACCCUCUGUGUCUCCAGAGGCUCCGCUACAUCACGCCCACAGUGCCAAGAGCAGCCGCUCAGCCUCCAGCCUCUCGGGUCGGGACUGGCCCGUGUCCACUCUGGGCUGCACGUCUCACAGCUCCUUCACUCAGGCGUCAGCCGCAGCAGAGAGCAACAUGGAGGCUCUGCCCAGCGAGCCGGUCCACCUGUAGGGGGCGACACACAGGCCGGCUCUGUGAUCCGACACUUUUUAGUUUUAUUGUUGUUUUAUUAUCAGAAUGAAUAAAGCUGAGUGUAUUUCAUCA